AUGUCUACUGGAGGCAUCAUGUCAGGAGCUGGCGGCGUCGGGGGUGGGGGGGCCCCUCUACUCCCAACUUUCCAUGGCUAUAUUUCAAGCACUAUGGACGCCCUCAUAUUGUUCGAAGCCUGUCUUAGUGGUCGGCUUAGCCACGUACCAAGACGACCCCACGACAGAGAGCGAUCCGAGCUUAUCGCCAGCGGUAAUGUUUUCAUGUAUGAGGAGCACUCGUCUGGAAUAAGACGCUGGACAGAUGGAGUCCCUUGGAGCCCUAGUCGCAUACUGGGAAACUUCCUCUUGUAUCGCGAACUCGACAAGCCCUUCCAACCAGGCGAGAAGAAACGAGCUAUGAAACGACAGAGGACCGAUUCGAUGAUCACGAAAUCCAGUAGCCACUCAAGGGCGAGCUCAGUAGGCAACUAUGCCAGCGCUAUGAUCGAUGGAGGAGCCUCUAUGUCAAACCUUGAUAGCACGGCAAGCGCGCGUAAUGAUGCUGAACGAGCUCUCGUCGGCUCCCUCGUUGAUUCGUAUCAAUUUCGACCUCAUGGGCUCAUAAAAAAGACGAUCAGUGUUACAUAUAAUGGUAUACAGCACCAUCUUGUUUCGUACUACAACAUCGACGACGUUAUUCAUAACAAACUUCGCACUCCGACCCAAGACCCCAAUCUGCGAGACGUUUCUCCUCGCGCGCCCCUCAUAUCUUCAAGCAGCUUUAGGGCCCCGGUGGACGAUAAUGAAGUCAUGUAUGCUGAACCGCAUUUCCGGGGUGUUAUGAACCCAUCUUAUAACGGCUUCAGCAUGAACGGAGGAUCAAGGUCGUUUUCGGUGCCGAGCAUGCAUACUUUUGACUCGGUAUCUUGGACAGGCUCUAGUCAAUAUGCUCCACCGUACAGUGCAGGCCCAACGUUGCCACCUCCGGUACCUCCGGUGUCCUACACUUCGGCAUCUUCGUAUAACUAUGAUCACAAUGCUACGAUCCCGUACGGCAUGGCUCCACGGCCUCCCAUGCCGUAUCCUCAGGUAGCUAUAGUACCCCGAAGGCACUCGGCCAUGAACGGCACGAACGGAAAUAUUGACUAUUCCGGACUCUCGCACCUUGAUAGAACUCCAAUGAGCACAAGCCAGCUCAUCGGCAAUGACGGUAGUCUCGGAGGCCAGAAUCUUCCAAACCAAUCAUCGUACGCAAAUGGGUCCAUGUUCGAAACAUCAGCUACUGUCGCCGCCGCUGCUGCUGCCGUUGCAAGCGCUCCUUCUAGUUACCACCGAGAUACGUAUAAUAAUAACAGCGGCAACCAAAAUGAUGGUCUUUAUAAUAACGGCGUCGCCAUGAACACAUCUUCUGGAAUCGACGGCCAAGUAGAGAAUGGCUUCGAUGCUAGAGCUGCUCAUCACGCCUCGCAUGAUUUCAGCACCUCGUUACCGGAACCCCGCGGGCACAAUUCAGUUACUACCAGCCAGGAUGAUACAUCCGCUGCUAUGCAGCUCGGACUUGGGAAUGCAGAUCCUACAUCAAAUUCCAUGACGGAUGCCGACUGGGCUGCUGGCUUUAUGCCCAAUGAGAGUUAUGAACAGGACGGGCAAGAUGACGAUAAUGUGGAAGAAUCACCUGCCUUGCAGCUAGCUCUACGGCGAAUUAACAUCCAAGAUGCAGAUCGGAAACUGAUCAACUAA